CGAGACGCUUCUGACGCUGUCUGUUGUUCAAGAGUGGCUUGACACAAGGAAUGCGACAGCUGAAACCCAUGUCUUGCAUACGUCUGUGCGUAGUGGUUCUUGAAGCACUGACUCCAGCUGCAGUCCACUCUUUGUGAAUCUCCCCCACAUUUUUGAAUGGGUAUUGUUUCACAAUCCUCUCCAGGGUGCGGUUAUCCCUACUGCUUAUACACUUUUUUCUACCACAUCUUUUCCUUCCCUUCGCCUCUCUAUUAAUGUGCUUGGACACAGAGCUCUGUGAACAGCCAGCCUCUUUUGCAAUGACCUUUUGUAUCUUGCCCUCCUUGUGCAAGGUGUCAAUGGUCGUCUUUUGGACAACUGUCAAGUCAGCAGUCUUCCCCAUGAUUGUGUAGCCUACAGAACUAGACUGAGAGACCAUUUAAAGGCCUUUGCAGAUGUUUUGAGUUAAUUAGCUGAUUAGAGUGUGGCACCAGGUAUCUUCAAUAUUGAACCUUUUCACAAUAUUCUAAUUUUCUGAGAUACUGAAUUUGGGAUUUUCCUUAGUUGUCAGUUAUAAUCAUCAAAAUUAAAAGAAAUAAACAUUUGAAAUAUAUCAGUCUGUGUGUAAUGAAUGAAUAUAAUAUACAAGUUUCACUUUUUGAAUGGAAUUAGUGAAAUAAAUCAACUUUUUGAUGAUAUUCUAAUUAUAUGACCAGCACCUGUAUAUUGUAAAAAACAUUUGUUUGUUGCCAGUCUGUGUGUUCACUGGAUUAUUAUAAUUACUGGCAAAAAGAAUGUUUGGAAUUGUAAAUUGAUAUUUCCUACUGGCACACUGAAGCAAAAUAAUAUUAACUGUUUUUGGUAUGAAUAAUGAUUUAUAAAUAAAAACAAUUUUUUUCGGUCAAAAAUAUUGCGUCAAAGACUUUUGCACUCAUUAAAUUUGAGCAAUUUUUAUAAACUAUUAAACAUAAUUAUAGUAAGUGAAUAGCAAGUUAAGGUUAUAAAGAAUGUAUGCAGAAACAAUGACGCUACAUUUGGGUUCGAGAGUUCAUCUCAGGCUGUAGGCACUCAUGAACUCUUAUUGUAAUGACAUAGUAAUAACCAUGUUAUUACAUGGUCUGGACUGAAAUGUUUAUUUUAUUUUAUUUUGAUGAAAAAGAAGAAAAAAAUGUGAUCAAACAACUUAGCACCACAAGUAGCCAAACUCUCAACCUAUCAUUUGAAAUGGUUCUUGAAAGGUCAAUACAAAGGUCAAUGCAACCACUUGCAACUACACGUCAAUUAAAUAGACAUAUUUAGACCAAACUUACACCACUACAAGUGACGACUUAUCCAGGAAAUAUAAAAACCCAUAGACAAGCAGAACAGAUCUUUUAUUCAGCUCUUAACUCCAGCAGAAUUUGAAAAAUUGUAUAAAAUGACCUAGAACUAGAAGUUCAGAACCACUAGAAGUUGCCCAAGCCAUUUUAUUAUCAUUCCCAGUGGGAUAUAAAAUUCAAAAAUUGCUUCAAAACCUGAAGUCUCCCUCUGAGCCUUCACACCACUGGUUGUUAGAAUAAAAUAAUAAUUGGUUGUCAACAUUCAUCCUCAACCAUAUUCAUUAAAAUAUUUCCUAUAAUUUCAAUUCCUUUAUUUCACUAAUACGUCCGGUAGUCUUUUACAUUCGUCAUGCCCCUUUAAAGGUUAAACCCAUAAAUACCACCAUCAUUAUAAGAGGCUAUUCUGAGUUGUAUGUCUCUAAGGGAGCCAUGAUGACGCUAUAAGGUAAGUUAAUUAUGUCAAUUAUGGCACUCAAGGCCCAUCCAGAUUUUCUUUGAGUAAAAUGAAAUGCCAAUUUGCCAGAAGGCGCGAAUUGUUAUGGCUGUGUAUAAAAGCAAGGUCAGUGAGCUUUAGGGAAACAGAGGAAACCCAACUGCAAACUGACCCGGCAAUCACAGGCACUGCAAGCAUGAUGAAAGUAUUGGCUCUGAUGACACUACUGAUGGUCUCUGUUGAGUCGGAUCUCUCAAAUGAAGAGUGGAAGUCUCUGAGCAACCCACAGACCAGGACCCUGUUUUUCCGGAUCCUACAGUCGUAUCUUGAAGGCAGAGAGAGUGAAGCUCAAGCGAUGGGCAGGAAAACAGACGUGAAGCUGAACAAAAAUAGCAAUAUGGAAAAUACUGGUUACGACAAGUACAACCUCUAUCUUCACAAUGACAUUUAUGAUGUUUAGCCUGAAGAUUUCAUUUUUAGUUUCUCAAUAUCUAUCAUGUAAAUCAUUACAUCUAAUAGUUUAAGGAAUGUUCAAGUCAUUUUGUCUGUAAUGAUGUUUUCUUCUCUAUAUAUUUAAUUUCUCAUAAGUAAAUGAUUCAUAUAAUUUUUGUUAUAAAUGUUUUAGCAAGUUACAAACUAGUUGAUAAAAGCAAAGCAUGUUAUAGAUAUUGUGUUUAUAAUAAAGACUUAUGUAAGUAGGUAAUGUGUUGUUCUCUUCAAAAUAUCAUUCCUCUAUAGUUUAUUUGUUUACUAAAUUAAUAUGAGAAUGGAAACAGUGGAAUGAAAAUAACAACAGUGGAAUGAGAUUUUGUUCAGGAGUGCAGAUUCUCACCAUCCAUUGUUUUAGAAUCUGUGAACUACUUGGUUACUUUCAAAGUUUUAUUUAUUUUAUUAAAUAUUGAGGAUUUCUGUUUGAAAGAAGUAAGUAUUGAUAAAGUGUAAUGAAGGUUUCUAAUAUUCUCAGGAAUGAUUUUCACUUGUUUGACAAGUGUUAUCAGUAAACGGACAAAGGAAAUUUCAUAUUGAUGAGCCAAAUUUGAAAGAAAGCUAAAUGAGUUACCAAUAAAGAAA